AUGGGUGCGCAGCAGUCUGCGCAUCAUGGCCGCGGAGGCGUCAAGCUCCGCCGCCGCUCGAGCGGAAUGGGCGGAAUGACUCCGCACGAGCUGCAGUCGGCGGGAACCGACAUUUCGCACGCCGUCGCGCAAAACCAGGUUCUGCAGCAGCAGCGCGCGGAGCACCAGCAGCGCCUCGCGCAAUCGCCGCAGGUGAAGGCGCACGCGCAGGCGCAGGGGCAAGCGCAAGCGCAAUCUCCGCGUGCGCAGCAAUCACCAGGCGGAAGCCCUUUGGGAGGGACUGGCGGAGGUGGCGGCGGAGGGGGAAGCGCCGGAGGUGCGCCGGGUGUACCUCCGCGAGAUUUCGCCGGAGGUUCGGAAUCGCGGCGCCGAACCAAGGUGUCAGCUUUGGAGGUGCCGCCAUGGGAGAUCGUGGCGCAUUUGACGGAGAGCGACUGGAUCGCGCUGAAGGCGUGGAUCGAGGCUGGAUGGAGGUGCCGCAAAUGCGGACAUUUGCGCGACGACGGUGCGGACCACCCCAAGACGCUCGCGCUGCUGCACCGCUGCGGAAUCGUCCCCCCGCACCACGCGCACCAGCCGCACCUCCCCGCGCACACCCUCUCCCACACCUCCUCCGCGCCAGGGUCCCCCAGUUCCACCCAAUCCGGAGCUGCCAGGUGGCAGCAGCAGCAGCAGGGUGGGGGUCAGGGGGCGGGGCAUCCUCCUUACGGCGUUGUGGAGUAUUCGAAACCGUCUCCUGACGGGCAGAUGGAAUUUUUAUCUGACCAUUCCGGGGGACGGAGUUCCCGAGGCGGGUCGCCCAGUCACCCGAUGCUCCGCACCGGAACGGGCGGCAGGUCGUUGUCUUAUAUGGGCUCGCCUGGGCGGCAGCACGGGGGGAUGGGCGGGGGAAUGGGUGGGGGAAUGGGGGGCGUGGAAGGGGCGAGCACGGGGAGAAUGAGCCAGUCAACGCAUUACGGAUCAGAAUAUAGUGUGAGGGGGAUGGGGAGGGACGGUAUGGGCGGGGGAGGCGGGGGAAUGGGCGGAGGAAUGGGCGGAGCAGGGGGAAUGGGCGGAGCAGGGGGAAUGGGUGCUCCGGAUGCUUGCCCGAGACACCUCGCCCAACCCCACCACCUUAUGAGCGGGGAGGGGCCUACCAGCAGAAGCUUCCACGAGAGUUCCUCGUGGGAGAUGCGGAGAGGAGGGGGAGGCGGGAUGGGCGCGGAGGGGGGAGGCGCGGGGGGAGUGGCGGGGGGGAUGGGCGGAGCGGUGGGGAUGGGGGGAGGGGCGGGGGGGAUGGUGGGGGGGGCCGCAGCGGCCGCUGAUGCGGACAAUGAGCAUGUCUGA